AUGCUCCCUGGCAACGACAUCAACAGUGUCAAUGACUACGAGCAUCACACCAUAUACACGGGCAGUAUCCGCGAAGUGAUACAUCAAAGGCUCGAAGAAGUCAUUCCAAAGUUGGAGCUAGGAUACGACGAAGCUUUCGUAGUGGGAGAUCUUGGUGAUCUACAUCGACAACAUAUGAAAUGGAAAACGUUGUUGCCAAGGAUCGAACCAUUCUAUGCUAUUAAAUGCAAUCCUGAUCCUAUGGUGGUGAAAUAUCUGGCGUCAUUGGGUGUCGGUUACGACUGUGCAAGCCGAUCAGAAAUUCAGCAAGUGCUCGAUGCCGGUGUUGACCCAUCUCGCAUCAUAUAUGCGCACCCGUGCAAGCAACCUUCAUUUGUCCGUUAUGCAGCUGACAACAAUGUUUCGCUCAUGACUUUUGACAGCACAGAAGAAUUACACAAAAUUAAAAGAAUUUAUCCCAACGCCCAACUUGUUUUGCGCAUGUUGACGGAUGAUUCGAAAUCCCAGAUCAGAGUUGGCCUAAAGUUUGGUGCGCCGUUGGAUACUAUCAAAACGCUUUUGAUCACUGCAAAGGAGCUCGAGCUUAACGUAAUUGGUGUAAGCUUUCAUGUUGGCAGUGGAUGCUCCGAUGUACGUGCAUUUGCAGAUGCAGUUGAUCUUGCAAGAAACGUGUUUGACCAGGCUGCAUCCAUUGGGUUUCAAAUGAAGCUUUUGGACUGUGGUGGUGGGAUGCCGGGACGUAAUAUUCAACAUGGAAUUACAUUCGAGGACGUGGCGGCGACGUUAGGAGAAGCUGUUGACCGGCUUUUUCCACCGAAUGUGCGCGUUAUUGCCGAGCCCGGAAGAUUUUACGUUUCAUCUGCAUUUACUGUAUGCUCACAUAUUAUUGGACGCCGUGUAUUACUGCCAGAUGAUUCAGAACGAAAACAAUACAUGUAUUAUCUAAACGAUGGUAUGCAUGGAUCGUUCAUGCUACGAUUACUUGAUCGUGAUGAUUUAAACUUACGCGUGAUCAUGAGAAACGGAACGCAUGUCUAUGAUAAUGAAAAUGAAAAAGACGAGAAUAGGUUUAUAUCAAGCGUCUGGGGACCAACAUGCGACCCCAAAGAUUGUUUGCUUAAAGAUGUCCGGUUGCCCUUGUUAGGAGUUGGCGACUGGAUUUGUCAAGAGAAUAUGGGGGCGUACGCUUGUGCCGCGACUGGAUUUAAUGGAUUCGAAAAGCCAAAGACUAUAUAUACAAAUUCCUUCAUUCGUAGCAGUCUAUAG